AUGCCCGAGUCGAGUGAUUCAAGGAAUAGUUCCAGAUAUGGUAAGCAGGGAACAAAAGGGAGGGAAAGGACGACUUGGGAGGCAAUAGUUAAAGCCCAUGCGUUGAGAAUGAGAUCUUGCUCUAUGAAGAAGGACAGUUUCACGGAUAUGAACUCCAAUGAUUAUAAAAAUAAGUUAGUAAUGGUUUUGCAUAAGCCGUGUUAUUUUGGGGAGAGAGACUUGCAGGAUCCGAGUUCCGAAGUAACUGAGUAUGGCGAAUUUCUGCGCUCGACGGACACGUGA